AUUACCGAUAUUCUGAAUGCCUUGCCAAAAUUUUCCACCAAAACUCGCAGUGAACGGCAGUCGAGCAUUGUGUGCUGUUGUGUGAAAAACCCCAGUGUGCUUAGGUUUUCAACGCAAAAAUUCUUGCCGUGCAACGCUUCGCAACUCACUGUUUUGUGCAUAUCCGUAUCCGUGUCGGUCAAUAUUCUAAAUAUAAUUCUCGUAACUUGUACAGCCUUCAGCAAUUAGGCAACAAAAUGGUUAACGUAUCCAUUUAUGACGAGGCUCCGACGCUAAAGCCCAACGAAGUACCGCAAAACAUGGCUGCCGGAGCUGAUACCCAAUUGGAACACAUGUGCCGCCUGCAGUUCGACUCGCCCGUUCCCCAUGUGCGUCUGUCCGGCAUUGUGUGCACCAUUGGCCCCGCAUCGCGCAGCGUCGAGAUGUUGGAGAAGAUGAUUGCCACCGGCAUGAAUGUGGCCCGUAUGAAUUUUUCGCACGGAUCGCACGAAUAUCACGCCGAGACAGUGGCCAAUGUGCGUACGGCUGUCAAGAACUAUUCGGCCAAGUUGGGCUACGAGCAUCCCGUUGCCAUUGCUUUGGAUACCAAGGGUCCUGAAAUCCGUACUGGUCUCAUUGCCGGCAGCGGUACAGCUGAGAUUGAUCUAAAGAAGGGCGAUACCAUCAAGUUGUCCACCAACAAGGAUUUCCUUGAGAAUGGCUCCCCGGAGGUAAUCUAUGUGGACUAUGUGAACAUCGUCAACGUUGUUAAACCGGGCAAUCGUGUCUUUGUCGACGAUGGUCUCAUCUCGCUGGUGGUGCGCGAAGUAAGCAAGGACACCGUUGUCUGCGAGGUGGAGAACGGUGGUGCACUCGGCUCCCGCAAGGGUGUCAAUCUGCCCGGCGUCCCCGUCGAUUUGCCCGCUGUGUCCGAGAAGGACAAGUCUGACUUGCUCUUCGGCGUAGAACAGGAUGUGGACAUGGUCUUUGCUUCUUUCAUUCGCAAUGCUGCCGCUCUGACAGAAAUUCGCAAUGUGCUGGGCGAGAAGGGCAAGAACAUCAAGAUCAUCUCCAAGAUUGAGAACCAACAGGGCAUGCACAAUCUGGACGAAAUUAUUGAGGCUGGUGAUGGCAUCAUGGUUGCCCGUGGUGAUCUGGGCAUUGAGAUACCCGCCGAGAAGGUGUUCCUCGCUCAGAAGGCAAUGAUUGCACGUUGCAACAAGGCUGGCAAACCAGUUAUUUGCGCCACCCAGAUGCUGGAGUCCAUGGUGAAGAAGCCGCGUCCCACGCGUGCCGAAAUCUCUGAUGUGGCCAAUGCAGUGCUCGAUGGCGCCGACUGUGUCAUGUUGUCUGGCGAGACAGCCAAGGGCGAAUAUCCGCUGGAGUGUGUGCUGACCAUGGCCAAGACCUGCAAGGAGGCUGAAGCUGCUCUGUGGCAUCAGAAUCUGUUUACCGAUUUAGUUCGUGGCGCCUCUGCAAAUACUUUGGAUGCUCCACAUGCGGCGGCAAUUGCUGCCGUCGAGGCGGCCAACAAAGCCAAGGCAGCUGCCAUUGUGGUGAUCACCACCAGCGGCAAGUCCGCCUUCCUGGUGAGCAAAUAUCGCCCACGUUGCCCCAUUAUUGCCGUUACGCGUUUCCCGCAAACCGCUCGUCAGGCUCACCUGUACCGUGGCCUGGUUCCACUCAUUUACAAGGAAGCUGCUCAGCCCGAUUGGCUGAAGGAUGUCGAUUUGCGUGUCCAGUUCGGUUUGCAGGUGGGCAAGAAGAACGGCUUCAUCAAAACUGGGGAUUCUGUUGUCAUUGUUACCGGCUGGAAGCAGGGAUCCGGCUUCACCAACACCAUUCGUAUUGUAACCGUCGAAUAAACCUGAUCGCUGUACCGCAGUGAAAGCGUUCUAAGCGCUUUAUGCUUGCAUCAAUUAUUGUUAUUAACCAAGUUAAUUUAUUACAAAAUUCUCAACAAAAUAUAUACGGACUAUCAGUAAAUCGAAAUUGGAAACAUCUAACCGCUGCCAAAGCGCCACAGUUGGAGCUCCCAGGCGUGGGGCCCUUAACACAAACACACACAUAAAGAAAUAAUGUAUCAUUGUUAAACAUAGCGUUCUUUAUAGCAACAAGGAAUAAUAAAAACUAAUCCAUAUAUGUAUACAAAUAAA